UUCCCUCUGUCUAGCUGGCCGGAGCUGACCCACGUUGUUAUCUCCUCCUAUAAAAGAGUCGGAUUUCCACAGAAGAACCGAGUCUUCCUCCACGCAUUUGCUGCCUGUAGAUUAUUUCGUCGCUGCGUGUCGUUGUCUCUCGAGAAAGGGGUGCUCUGAGAUCACAAGGAAAGAUGGUGAAGGCUGUUGUUGUGCUUAAGAGCAGUGAGGGUGUCUGCGGAACUGUCUACUUCACUCAAGAAGGAGAUGGCCCAACCACAGUAACUGGAAGUCUGUCUGGCCUUAAGCCUGGACUUCAUGGUUUCCAUGUCCAUGCUCUCGGAGACACCACAAAUGGCUGUAUGUCAACAGGACCACACUUUAAUCCUUGUGGCAAAGAGCAUGGAGCCCCUGAAGACCAGAACCGUCAUGCGGGUGAUUUGGGGAAUGUGAAUGUGGGUGAUGAUGGCACUGUUAGUUUCACAAUCAUUGAUAACCAGAUUCCUCUCAGUGGACCAAGCUCAAUUGUUGGAAGGGCUGUCGUUGUUCAUGGAGAUCCUGAUGAUCUUGGGAAGGGUGGGCACGAACUUAGCAAAACAACUGGGAAUGCUGGUGGCAGAGUUGCUUGCGGGGUUAUUGGCCUUCAGGGAUGAACUGCAUCCUUCAACUACAGUAACUACAGUCGUGCACGCAUGUAGUUAUGAAGAUCUUUGAAAAUGUAGAAUAAAGGGCAGUCUUGGUAUGUCUCCUUUUCUGUCUUGAAAGUGGUUUGUAAUUGCUUUCAAUUGUUGUGCCUCAAAAUGUCCACAGGCUUUUCUAUAGCGAAAUGUCGAACUUUUGUGAGACUAUCUCCAUGACAACAGAUAUAUUCAAACACGAAGUUGAGAUGGCUCACAUGCUUGAAAAUUACUUUGUCGUGGAUUUUAUCAAA